UUAACUUUUUAAGUUUUUUUUCAUAAACAAAGAUGAUCAUUUUUAGUUGCCUUGAAACUUAAACUAACCAAAAUAUAUAGACAUAGAUAAGUGUGGACUGAGGAACGUCAAUUGGGCAUUGGUUAGCCAUUCCCAGACCAGAGGACGGAUAGCUGUACCCAAGAUCUCCGACUAAUGAAGCCUACUCUCUUUUGAUCCCUGAAACUGGUGUUCCACAAUGGGAGCUGAACAGAGUGGUGAUGCGGAGCACAAGCACACAGACAGUGUGGUAUCCUCCUCUCCUGCGAAGCAAAGAGCCAAAAUGGAUGACAUUGUGAUAGUUGCUCAAGGAACUCAAACAUUACGUAAUAUUCACAAUGAUCCAGAUGUCAUCAAACUGCAAGAAAUUCCAACUUUCCAGCCACUUCUUAAAGGUGUCCUUAGUGGCCAAACCUCUCCCAGUACCGUUUGUGUAGAGAAGUUGGAUUCGGUUCAUGUGCUACAGCUCUGUGUACGUUACCAGAACCACCUCCACCAAUGUGCUGAGGCAGUGGCAUUUGACCAGAAUGCUCUCGUCAAAAGAAUUAAAGAGAUGGAUCUAUCGGUUGAAGCCUUGUUCAGCAUCAUGCAGGACCGCCAGAAGCGAUAUGCGAAGUAUGCAGAACAGAUUCAGAAGGUGAAUGAGAUGUCCAUGAUUCUUCGCCGCAUCCAAAUGGGCAUCGAUCAGACUGUACCUCUGAUGGAGCGACUCAACAAUCUGCUUCCCGAGAGUGAGCGACUGGAGCCUUUCAGCAUGAAGCAAGACACUGGGAUAAAGCACUGACUUCUCACUCCUCAAGCGUUGUUACAAUUAAAAGCUCCACAGGUUUAAUUUCAAUGUUGGUCUACUAGGCUUCAUCAAGCAACAUUACAAUACAAAUGGCCACCUUUGCAUCAGACCGCACCUUCACUAGGUCCCCUGAAAAUAUAACUUAAUUGUAUUGCAAAUGUAAUUUCUAAGAUUUCUUUACAAAACAUGUCAUAUUUCAUGUGAAACUGCAUAACAUUAAAAUUAUAUUGGGGGGCCGGAUAA